CAUAGGUUCUUACCUUCGUAUCCAAGACAAACCUCUGCAUCCUUACUGUCAUCCUCUUCACUGAUCACAUAUCUGCCAAAGGCUCUCGCUGCUCUGCCGACAGCGUUCAACGAGCUGACUGCAGGCUUCAUUACGUGAGGGUCCCAUCGGCGCGUGUCGCGUUUCCUCGCUGCUUAGAUGGACCCUCGCUUCCGAGUGCCGUCCCAAGGACCACACGGCCAUCCACACCAUCAGCAGCAAAGAUCGGGCUCAGUCUCGUCCACUUCUGGCUCCUACUACCCUCAGCCUCUACCUCAUCAUCGCUACAAUGGAGAUGGGUACGGGCCCGAGACGCCGCGACAUGAUCGCUCCUUCCUCGAUCCACGAGCCGAGGAGCAGAACUACACUCGAGGGGGCACAUGGUCGACGCCGAGCUACAGGAACCCUGCAACAAGAGUAGGUAGAGAAGAGUUUUUUGGAACCCCACUGCCAGAUAGGGUGAGCCGGACAUUCGACCAAUUGUCUCGCCAGUAUCGGGAGGGGACAGGCAGUCGGGCGGGCAGUGCUAUGCCUCCUACCAACCUUCUCCAGACAGCUUGGAGAUAUGACUCUUUAGGCCCUUCGGCGUACAACAAUCGAGCCGCGAGUGUACACAUCGGAGCAGGUCCUAGCGGGCCCGCGCCAUGGUCUCCGGCGCGGCAUCCCAAACCGGUCAUCUCAGAGUCUACGCUCAGUUGGCUCAGAGAUACUGAUGAUGCACAGCCUAGAUCAAUACCAGCCGAGGUGCACGAGCAGGAUGUCGCAAGGCAGGGCAGGGUGGACGACUCCGUUGAAGCACCUAGCAAAGAGGCAGCUGCGACUAGUGUGUUCUUACCCCGGAGACAAGAGCUGGUCGAGGAGACGACGACCGCGCUCAGAGAUAUCGAGGGAGCCGGAAUAGGCAAUCAAAGUCACGUUGAAGAGGGUCGAGAUGCGGUCCCUGAAGUGCUGCAGCAAUUAGAUGAAGUAGGACUGCAAGACGAUCUUGUGCUCGAGCAACAGCCAGCGGUGGACGACUCCAUCGCCGAGCUGACGGCGCCAAGUCCACCUGCAGUCCCCCAGCGGAGGAAAGGCACCGCGAUACAGAAGCGCGAUACGGCAAGCCGACCCGCCGACUCCGAUCCUGUCGAAAGUAGUCAGAUAGCCGCUCCAUCAGCGUCUGCACCAACAGGCCCUCCACCUAUACGACUGGAGAAUUGGAACUUGACCAUGGUAGACUGCAAGGAGCCGCCGGGGCAGGUCGUCCGCGCACGCAAAAAUGCAGCAUCCCUGGUGCGCUGGGUCUACGUGCAAGGCAUCAAGACUGAAGCAGAGCCACCAUUGCCAUGGCGGACCUCUGUCAUCGCACAUCGAGUCAGGCCUGACCUCGUACAGACAUCGUCGGGCUCUACUUAUCAGCUCGUAGGUCAUCUGGAUCGGCAACAGACCCGAGGCAACGGCUUCUCCCAAGAGACGGCAGAUGCUUUCGAGGCAGGGUUUCCGGAGGGCUGGAUAGACGUGCUGGUCAAGGACCUCGGCGAGCUUGACACAAGGCAAGCCCUUGCCCACCUUUCCUCCUCCCGACAAAGCCCACCUCAGUCGCAGCCUCUACCUCCGUCGAGUCGCAAGGCACCAGUAUCCACACCAAAAGCAAAGAAGGCGAAGACUACUGCUGCCCCUCGAUCUGUCCAAGUAGACUCAGCUACAGAACCCCCGGCAUCGGUACCGCGUCCAGACGAUGACGACAUGAUGGACUUCUUCGACGAUGACGUCGCUCCGGACGAGCUGACGAUACUUGCAACACCCAAAGUUCCAGCGGCCGUGAGGAAGGCGGCACAGAAGCGUGGCAGGCAGUCAACAAACGUCGAUACAUCCUCGCUGGGCAGAACUUCCGGAGGAUCGGCCAAGAAAGUCCGUAUUGGUGGUGUCAGUGAGGGUAGGCAAAAUCUCCAUGCACUUGAGGAUGACAGUGCUACUGGAAGCGAAUCAGAUGAAGAGGGAGCUCACCGCAGGGGCGUUGCAGCCUCACGGCAGGAGCAACGCAGCGGCAGGUCUAAGGGAGGUCUACGCGCCGCAGCAAAGGUUACUCCACCGGGCAGGAAGGCCGCAACCCCUCGGUCGGGCAAUGCGACAUCGACCGCUGCUCUCAACUCAAAGCAGCGUCAAGUAUCACGGGAGCUUCUCAACUUGGGUCGCUCGCCAUUUGGAAUGAUGAAAGCAGUCAAGUACGCAAUUGCACAGGCCUCACCUGAUCCACCUGCGCCAGUCUCUGCUGCUAGAUCUACCGCAACCACGCCGUCACCUCACAAACAGCGUCUCUCCUGGGGCAAGGGGCCAGAGGACACAGAUGAUGACUCGGACCGCAGAUCUGGGCGUCGCUCUUCCGGACGCGCCCGCAGGGCACCAGAUCCAAAGUGGUGGAUCGUCUCACCUGGCGUCAUCAAAGUAGAAGCCGAGGAAGAAGACUUGAGCCAAUCUUUCAAUCAGAGCCCACUGAGGCGCAAGCAAAAGAUUGCCGUCAACGAUGAUGGCUCUCGGUCCGAUGCACAACACCGAGAGCGGCAGCAGCGGCGCAUCACCGAGAGCAUGAGUCCUGUCAAGACAGCUCCACCACUGAGUGCCAAGAAGAAGCGCAGGGUGAUUGAAGAUACGCCAGAAGGAGAAGACGAUGUGCAGCAGAGCGGAGACAAGGAGGCGCCACGAGCAAAUGGCGCCGCUCCGCCUCCUGCGUCUCCCUCGCAACCGAUCCGCCAGCACGGGCGCUCACUUGUCAAAGCAGCUGCACUCGCCAACGCAAUCGACGAAGACGAUCUGCCUGUGCCAGCUCGUCUCCCUGGCUCGGCAAGUAAACUGGUCAUGACUCCUCAGAAGGCGUUGGUCGAUGAUGAGGCGGCAGAGGAUGAGCUUGCAGCUGCUGAGGCUACCGAUGCACCGUCGGAUUUGGUGUCUAGCAAGCAGGCUCAGGCCUCGCCUAUCAAACUUGCUUCUCCCCACCACGAGUCCCCAAGGUCAUACCACACUCAGGCCCUCGCCGCGAUCACGGCGGAUGAAUCCUCUGACCUCUCGAGCUUAUCCUCCUUGUCAGAUGAGAAUGGAAAAGCUUCUUCCGGGAGCAAGGAGAAGGCAGGACCUCCAUCCCCGUCUCAGCCUGUGAUGGCAGCGGGUAAAGCGCCUUCGAAACAGGUCGUGGCCGAGUCUGACGAUGACGAGGAAUGGGACAAGGCCGUGUAAGAGGGUCGGAUGCCGGUGAGAGUGCUCCUGCAAUAUGCAACUUAUUAUCGAGGACCAUCGCACACCUCUCGUCAUUGCUGUUGGCUUGUUCUCUUUCGUGUAAUUGUAUGCUUGUCACCACGUUG